AUCGUCGGAGGACAAUUAUUUUAACCCGAACAGUUCCAGACUUGUUCGACGAAACCCGAACGUUAUGUUUUUACCAGUGUUUACUCUUGUCAUGAACAUAUCAACAUAACCUCAACCUCAACUCAAAUUCAAAUCACAAAACCAAAACAUUUAAAAAUGAAAAAUUAACUUGCUCGGCCUUUGAAAAUGUUGUGUUUCCGUUACGUAAAGUGUCCAAUUUCUCGUCGGUUUUCCUCAGCAGCUAAUGCCCUUCCGAAGGACGUAACAAUACUCAAUACUCCAUACACAAAAGACGAUUAUACAAACGUAACAAGUCGAAUUGUGUCUCAUAUUGAAAGAAAUUUACACUUGCAACAGAACCACCCGUUGAAUUUGGUUCAACUAAGGAUCGUGGACUAUUUUUACAAGUCGUUUUUAAACGCAAGAAGAAAUCCUUUAUUUUCUGUGCAUAGAUCAUUGAGCCCAAUAGUAACUGUGAACCAAAAUUUUGAUAGUCUUCUAAUACCUAAAGAUCAUGUUUCGAGAUCAAAAAGUGACUGUUAUUACAUCAAUAGAGAUUAUCUGCUUAGGGCUCACAUGACUGCCCAUCAAGCUGAGCUGUUAUUAGGGGGCCUAAAUAACUUUUUAAUAGUUGGGGAUGUGUACAGAAGAGACGAAAUCGACAGAACUCAUUAUCCAGUAUUUCAUCAAUUGGAUGCUGUAAGACUUAAAACACGAGAUGAACUAUUCCCCAAUGAUUCUAGUUUACAACUUUUUGAAGCUGGUAAUAAUACAGAUAGCUUUGGAGGCCAGGAAAAACAAGCCUGUCAUACAUUGGAAGCUGCUAAACUUAUGGAACAUGAGCUAAAAGCCACUUUAGAGGGUCUAGGAAAACAUUUAUUUGGUGAUGUUGAAUAUCGUUGGGUUGAUACAGUUUUUCCUUUUACCCAGCCAAGCUGGGAGUUGGAAGUAUUUUAUAAUGGUGGUUGGUUGGAAGUUCUAGGUUGUGGCAUUAUGAGACAGCCAAUUCUUACUAAUUCUGGAGUCAAAGAUCGUAUAGGAUGGGCUUUUGGUAUUGGUUUAGAACGCAUUGCAAUGUGCUUAUAUAAAAUACCUGAUAUAAGAUUAUUUUGGUCAAAGGAUUCAGGAUUUUUAAACCAAUUUAAAACUGAUGAUAUCUCUAAAUCAAUAACUUAUAAAGAAAUUUCUCAAUUUCCACAAUGUAUUAAUGACUUGAGCUUUUGGUUGCCUGAUGAUGAAUUUUCAAGUAAUGAUUUUUAUGAUUUAGUUCGUAAUGAAGGUGGCGAUCUUGUUGAGCAGGUUCAAUUAAUUGAUAGUUUUACACAUCCAAAGUCAAAGAAGAUGAGCCAUUGUUAUAGGAUUACUUAUAGGCAUAUGGAAAAGACACUGACACAGAGUGAAGUGAACGCUGUUCAUCAAAAAAUUGCUGAUGCUGCAACUUCAAAACUGUUUGUUACUAUCAGAUAAUUUAGAGUUAAAGGAGGUUGUUUAAUAAAUUAUUUAUUUUUAUGGGUUUUUUUUUAUUCCCCAUGCGAUUAUCAAAUGGCAAUAUUGGGCACUGGCUUGAACUAGUGAACAGCAAGCUGGAUGCAUGCAGGUGACCAGGUCACAUUUGCACCAAUUUCACCAAAAACUGGCUCUAGUCCAAAAAAUAGAGCUUGACGCUUUAGGAGCUACUAAGUGCACUUGGUUUGGAAAGUCAAAAAGAUCAAGCAACUGGCGUAGGGAACGAAUUAACCCUGAUGUGACUACAAAAGCAUAUAUGGCAACCAGAAAGCAGAUUUUCCUGCAAAACAAAACCCAGAACUGAACAUGUAGGCCGAGUGCUGGGCUCAUUGAGGAUUAUGAAAGUCUAGCUCAAAUUGAGAAAUAUACUGGUAUACAGAAGUAUUAAAUUAUAAUUAUAUUUCUUUGAGCUUUUUUUUUUCAAGAAAGGCUUGAUAAGUUUGAUGUCUUAAUUCCAUGGGCAACUGAUUACAUGACUUGGAAGCGCUCAUUAUUAAUGUCUCUAUAUUUACAAUCCAACAUUUAUUCUGCUGGGUAUUAAAAUUAUAUUUGCCUGUAUUGUAUAAAUUCUUCUCCCGCUAUUUCUAAGAAAUAUAAUUAUUUGUUCAACCGAAGGUGUCCCAAUUUUCUUAAUUAUUGGAGGCCAGGGAUAUCGUAAAAAUCUGAGGCGGCAUGUUUUCUUUUGGUAAAAACCCUUAGAAGAAUUCUCUAGGAAAUCUAGAUUUGAUAAAAGUUUGAAUUUUGACUGGCUCUUGAUCAGCUCCAGGAAAGUUUUUCAAAGAAUCAAGAGCCAGUAAUAAUUCAAAUUUUGAUUAUCUGGCUCUUUGAU